AUGGGCGAUUUCCCGAAGUCGUUAUGUACGCCGAUCGGAUCGGGUAGACGCGGCAGUCAUUGGGCUGGUUGGACGGUGGGCGCGGCACAACCAGGCCCCCACAACAACCCGCCCCCCGAUCCCGCGUCCCACCUCGCCAUCCCCACGGUAAUUGCCAGUAAUUCUUGCGGCCGCAGCCCACAGCCAGGGCUGCUCCUCUCUUAUCUUAGCAGCGAAGCGCACCUUGCGAGGGGGCAGCCCUGCAGGCGCAAGAUGGCGGCUGCGGAUGCGGUAAUUGCGUUCGCGGAACGGCCGCGGGCCGCAUACAGAUCGCGGGGCGCGCAAAAAGCUGCGCACGCCCCGGCGCCGCGGCGACGCACCUCGGCCGCGCCACGCCCCGACGGCGCGAGCAACGCACCUCCUCUGCGCUCCUCGCAACUGCUGCCCUCUUCAGAGCUUCAUGGAGUCCCGCUCGCAACCGAUUUGUGGUCGUUAGGGAAUGCCGUUCUCAGUGAUGGUGAAAUAUUCUUUAAAUGCUUGUUAAAGAUGCGUGCUAACAAAUCGUUCUCCACUCCGCAUUUAGUGUGUAAGUUGCCAAACUAUGAGCGCGCGCAGUCUUCAGGUAAUUGUUAUGCUAUCGGUGGAGGGCGCUUUGGAGCCGCAUGCUUUUUGUGUCAACCGUACGCCGAGGCAUUGGCUUCGGGAGGGCAUCUGGGGCUGCAGGUGCGCCGCGGAGCCCAUAAUGUGCCGCCGUUGCCGAGGCAGCCACGAGGCGGAAGAAAUAAAGAUAUUAAGCCGAAUCUGCGGCACAGUAUUAUAGAUAAAUUUAGAUUUAGCAAUUUAGCAGAAAUGUCUUUAGAAGCGUCAGCGAACCAGUACGACGUCAGCGCGAAAAUUGACGCUGUAUGGAAAGCUCUCAGAACGCUGACCCUCAUCAUGACCCUGGCCCAAGCACAAGUAGACAAUCUGACGGGAAAACCAUCCGACUUGACAGUUUAUCCGACGGACCGGGCAUACUUCCAUUUAACU